ACCCCACAUCCUGCCCUCUUUUACACCUCUCCAUCAUCAUUCUGCUGCCUAAUUGACAAACUCAAAGCCCUCCAAGAAAACAAACAAGAUCAUAUCAGAUAUCAAAAUACAAGAAACUUUUUUCCUUUUUUUUUUUUUAGGGAAGGUAUAUAUAUAUAUUAUAAAAUGGGUGAUGGAUUGACAGAAGAACAGGUUGCUGAGUUUAGAGAGGCCUUCACUUUGAUCGACAGAGAUUCUGAUGGGGUGAUCAGUGUGGAGGAAUUGGCAGCAGUGAUUCAGUCACUGAAUGAGCAUCCCACCAUGGAAGAGAUCCAAGAAAUGAUGGAUGAGGUCCUCCUCCUCGAUCAUCCUCAUCCUCAUCAAAAUCAUAUCCAUGGCGCCACUCUCGAUUUCCAUCAAUUCCUCACCAUCAUGGCAAGAAAGCACAGGGAGGAAAAUGUUGGAGAGGAGCUGAAGGAAGCUUUCAAGGUAUUCGACAGAGAUCAAGAUGGCUUCAUCUCAGCCGUUGAGCUGAGGAACGUGAUGAUGAACAUGGGAGAGAGGCUGAGCCACGAAGAGGCAGAGCAGAUGAUCAGAGAAGCAGACGUCGACGGCGAUGGCCUCGUCAGCUUCGACGAGUUCGUCAGGAUCAUGGUGCUCCCCCCUGCAUCUGCAUCUGCAUCUGCACCUUAAUUAAUUCAUUAAUUAAUUAAUUAUAUCUAAAUUAUAUUCAUUUCUUUCUUAAUUUUAUUUAGAUGAUGACUAUGACUUUAAUACUAGUAUUAUGCAAUGUAAUACCUAUAAUAAUAAUUUUUAGCUGGGGAAAAUCUGGAAUUGUGUACUGAAAGUUUCUGCGACAGUGAAGGUUCCCUUAUUAUUAUU